GAUACGGUCUUUGCGGACGCUCAGAUCGCUUUUGGCGGGGUUUUUGAGGCUUUGCGCCGCAAUCCCAAAUUUAUCGCGGCAUUUUAGCCUGGUUAUUGGAAACAUUCCAUCACUUUGAUCCUUGCUGAAGUCGUGAAAUAUGUCGGAAUCAAAUGGUGAUGCUGGGCUGGCUUCGGGCCGGUCGCGGCGGCAGCGGCGAGAGAACACCGGCCGCUCGGCGGCGCUGGACAAGAUCAGGCGCGGCCAGAAGAACAAGUGUGAGGUGACAGAGGCGGCCGACAGCGUGUACGACAUGGUGGACGAGCGCGAGUACUCGCGCCGCGUACAGGAGCGGCUCGAGGACGACUGGAUCAUUGAUGAUGGCGGCGGCGACGGCUACGUGGAGGACGGCCGCGAGAUAUUCGAUGACGACAUCGUGGACGACGGAGCCAGCGACGCAGCCAAGGCCAAGCGCAAGUCCAACAGUCGGGUGCGUGACCCGGCGCAGCCCAAGAAGAGCAACAUCCGCGACAUGCUUCUCAGCAUGCCCAGCAAGAAGAGCAAGCGUGACGUGAAGCUGGAGGAGGACGAGGACCUGCAAGGUAUCCUGCAGGACAUCAAGUCAUCACCGGCCAUCGGCGUGCGACCGGCGCAGCUGAAGCGCAAGUCGACGCCCAGCGCGCCCCCGACGAAGAAGCUGCCGCUGGUCCCAGCGCCGCUGCGCGCGUCGACGACUCUGAAGACGACGCCCGUGGCUCGGGAGCCGCCGCCGCCGCGGGCGGACAGGCCGCGGCCCGGCGCACAGCCGGCAACGAGCGAGCCGGCGUCGCAGCUGAUCGAGGACGCUCCGGCCACGCAGGACAUCGAGGCAGACAAGCGGGCCGAGCGGGAGGCGGUGGACGCGCUCAUCCAGGACGACGACUCCAUGUUCGAGAGCAUCGACCUGCCGGAGGAGGAGCCGGAGCCUGCCGCGCCGACCGUCAAGGAUGAGCCCCCGCAGGAGCCGGCCGCCGAGGUGACCUCGGACUGGAUGCGCACCGCGAGCCUCUGCGUGGAGCCGCCGCCCGCCGCCGACACCCUGGUGGACGCGUCCUCACUGCCGCUGGUCACCAACGCCGACGGCGAACAGGUGCUGCGGUUCUUCUGGCUGGACGCGUACUGCGACAACGCGGCCACCGGCAGUGUAGUGUACCUGUUCGGCCGGGUCUGGGUCGAGUCGGCCGGUGGCUACGUCUCCUGCUGUGUCCGCGUCAGCAACGUGCCGAGGCGCGUCUUCCUCCUGCCCAGAGCCAGGCGGCUGAACCCCAAGACGAGAGUCGAGGGAGACGAGAUUACGAUGAAGGAUGUGUAUGAUGAGUUCAACUCCAGAGUGGCCAACCGGUUCAAGAUCGCCGAGUUCCGCUCCAAGGUCUCCACCAUGAACUACGCCUUCGAGAAGUUCGACGUGCCCAACCAGGCCGACUAUCUGGAGGUCAUGUACUCGUCGUCGUACAGCGCGCUGCCGCAGAACCUGGAGGGCGAGACGUUUAGCCACGUGUUCGGCACCAACACCAACACGCUGGAGGCCUUCCUCAUCGGCAACAAGGUCAAGGGACCGUGCUGGCUGGAGGUCAAGAAGCCCACGAUCCCUCAGCAGAAGCUCAGCUUUUGCACCAUCGAGGCGGCGGCCAGUAUGCCACUGCCGGGCCUGGUGUCGGCGCACUCGGCGCCGCCGCCGCCGCUCACCGUGCUCACGCUGGCCACGCGCACCGUGGUGAGCGCGCGCUCUCACCAGAGCGAGCUGGUCAUGAUCUCCUGCCUGGUGCACAAGCAGUUCCGACUGGACGGCGCCGCGCCGACGCCGCUCUUCCAGCAGCAUUUCUGCGCCGUCACCAAGCCGGCAGACGCAGCCUGGCCGUACGACUUCGACAAGCAGCUGGCGGGCUUCAGCGACACCACAGUCCGCAAGUGUAUGAACGAGAAGGCACUCAUUUCGUUCUUCCUUGCGAAGAUGAACAAGCUGGACCCAGACCUGGUGGUCGGCCACAACGUGUACGGCUUCGACCUGGACGUGCUGCUCAGCCGCUGCCGCCUGCUGAAGCUGAACAACUGGGCGCACAUGGGCCGCCUGCGACGCUCGGCUGACGUCCUCUUCAAAUCGAAAUUCUCGGACGACACGGUGCGUCGGAGCGCGCUGUGCGGCCGGCUGCUCUGCGACACCUUCCUCUCGGCCAAGGAGCUGACGCGCCAGAAGAGCUAUGACCUGCCGGAGCUGUGCCGCACCGUGCUGCGUCUGCCGCCCGCCGAGAUCGUGGAGGUGUCUCAGGAGCGCGUGGCCGGCAUGUUCUCGGCGUCGCGCUCCAUCCUGCAGCUGGUGACGCUGACCAUGCAGGAGGCGCACAACGCCGGCCGCGUGCUGGCAGAGCUCAACGCCCUGCCGCUGGCGCUGCAGAUCACGCGUCUGGCCGGUAACCUGAUGUCACGGACUUUGCUCGGCGGCCGGGCGGAGCGCAACGAGUUCCUGCUGCUUCAUGCCUUCACCGAGCGGGGCUACAUCGUGCCCGACAAACAGUGGGGCAAGAAGAAGUUCCCGCGGGCGCCCGAGCCUGGCGGCGAUGAGGAGCCGGCGGAGGCGGCGGCUGACCCGAGGGCGCGCCGGAAGCCCAAGUACGGCGGCGGGCUGGUGCUCGACCCCAAGAAGGGCUUCUACGACCGCUACAUCCUGCUCAUGGACUUCAACUCGCUCUACCCCAGCAUCAUCCAGGAGUACAACAUCUGCUUCACCACGCUGCCGCGGCUGCCGGCCGCGCAGCACGAGGAGGGGGACGAGGUGGCGCUGGACAUGCCGGCCGACGACCUGGAGACGGGCGUGCUGCCGCUGGAGAUCAAGAAGCUGGUGGAGCGGCGGCGCGAGGUCAAGAAGCUGAUGAAGGACCCCAAGACCAACCCCGAGGACACGCUCCAGCUGGACGUGCGACAGAAGGCGCUGAAGCUGACGGCCAACAGCAUGUACGGCUGCCUCGGCUUCGAGUCGUCCCGCUUCUACGCCAAACAUCUGGCGGCGCUCAUCACAGCCAAGGGCCGCGACAUCCUGCUGCAGACCAAGUCGCUGGUGGAACGCAUGGACCUGGAAGUGGUGUACGGCGACACCGACUCCAUCAUGAUCAACUCGCGCCAGCUCAACUUUGACCAGGUCAUGGAGCUCGGCAAAGAGAUCAAACGUGAGGUCAACAAGCUGUACAAGCUGCUGGAGCUGGACGUGGACGGCCUGUACCGUUACAUGCUGCUGCUGAAGAAGAAGAAGUACGCGGCGGUGGCGGCUAGCCGCGGCCCUGACGGUGUCAUCCAGUACACACGCGAGCUGAAGGGCCUGGACAUCGUGCGCCGGGACUGGAGCAAGAUUUCGGCCAGCUGCGGCAUGUACGUGAUCGACCAGAUCUUCUCGGCGCUGGAGCACGACGAGAAGCUGGAGCGGAUCCAUGCUCACCUGGAGGCGGUGCGGGCGCGCCUGGAGCAGGGCGACGUGCCUCUGGCGGACCUGGCUAUUACCAAGGAGCUGAAGAAGAACCCGGAAGAGUACGCCGACAAGAAGGGCCAGGCGCACGUUAACGUGGCGCUGCGCGUGAACUCGCGCGGCGGCAAGAAGCUGCGGCGUGGUGACACGGUCCAGUACAUCAUCUGCAAGGACGGCAGCGGUCUGGAGCCGAUGCAGCGCGCCUACGCGCUGGAGGAGGUGGCGACCGGCGGCGGCGCACUGCCCGUCGACACCGAGUACUACCUGGCCGGCCAGGUGCACCCCGUCGUCAGCCGGCUGGUGGAGCCGCUCGAGGGCACCGACGCCGCCCGGCUCGCGCAGGCGCUCGGACUGGACCCGAGCAAGUUCCGACAGCACGUGGCGCGCCAGGAGGACGGCGACGAGGCGCAGCGCGCGCUGGCUGGCCUCUCGGAGGCGCAGCGGUACGCCGCCUGCGCGCCGCUCCUGGUGCGCUGUGUCGGUUGCCAGCAGGAGCAGAAGUUCGCCGGCGUGUUCAUAGAGGGCGGGCAGGAACUGCGCCUGGCGCGCUGCGAGAACGCAGCAUGCGACGCCGUGCCCGUGCAGUACCUGCCGCUUAUCGUCAACAAGCUGCGCAUGGACAUCCGGUCUGCCAUACAUCGUUACCUGCAGGGGGUGCUUUACUGCGAGGAUCCCGGCUGCCCGCACGAGACCACCCGCAUACCGUUCGCGUUCGAGCGGGGAUUCCCCGUCUGUGAGCUGUGUCACAAGGCGGUGCUCAUACCGAAGUAUGACGACCGAGCCCUGUAUAAUCAGCUGUGCUUCUACCAGCACAUGUUCGACCUCAAGAAGGCCUUGGAUGAUCUCGACGUCAAACAGAAGCAGACGGCGCGGCGCGCGGCUGGCUUCGCGGCCCUGGAGGCGGCCUACGGCACGCUGCAAGCCGAAGUGGACGCCGCGCUCCGGCUCAGCAACUACUCCCACAUCGACCUGGGCCUGCUGUUCCAGGACAUGGUGAUCCGGCCGGUCGUCAAGCGGGAGGCCUAGAUUUGGGGUGGGGCGUCGCGGAGAGGUGCGUUCGGUUCUGACUUCAGCUUCAAUGUUGUGAUGUCACAGACCGCAAGACUGGUGGGAGUUUUUUGGCCGUGAAUUGGCAACGAUUGCUCAAAAUGCGGCUUGUUAGGAAAGCUACACAUUCGUGCCGGACAUUUUAAAACACGCGUGCUAGUUUUGACUGUCUGAGUACUUUUUGUGAGACGUGCCGUAGAAGAGUGGCCACGUGAUCCUGUGGGAUAUCCUCGGAGUGGCAGGGAUGUAGGGUUGUUUGAAAAGCUUCGUCACUGGGGCACGUUUCGUCAUUGACUGCGCCGUAGCUUGGGAGGCGGUUCUCGUGACAGUGUUCCGGAUGAGCCCUAUGCUUGCUUUGACGGGAAUGAAUGCUGGACGACAUCUCGGUCGCAGUCGUCUCACCCUUGUGAAUUAUAUCAUCGAAGUCGCCGUGUUUGCGCCAUGACCGCGUGUAAAUAUACGUGGGGCAUCACCUACGAGUGUGCCGAA